GGGUCCUUCCGCGGCGGUGUCGCGUUCUUACAAAAAAGCUAAUACCGACUCAGUCAGAAUAUGAGUAGCAUAUCACAGAGGAGUAAUAAUAUAGUUUGUUGUUUAUUACCGGAAAACAGGAAUAUAUUGGCGGCAUACUUUAUUGUAGACGAGCGUGACGGCUUAGGCGAACUCUGCAAGUGAUUUUGACAUUUAACGACGACGUAGAUCUUUUGGGAGAAGAGUAAAAAAAACACGAAGAGUGAAGUGAUCAAGUUGACAGGUAUGGCCGAGGUGGGCAGUAUAGAGGUCACAGUCAAGACCCUGGACUCACAGAGCAGGAGCUACACUGUCCGUGGAGAGUGGACCGUGAAGGUGUUCAAGGAGCACAUAGCGGCCUCUGUGGAGAUUCCCGCCGAUAAGCAGAGGCUCAUCUACCAGGGCCGGGUGCUGCAGGAUGAGAAGACCCUGAUGGAAUACAAUGUAGAUGGGAAAGUCAUUCACCUGGUGGAACGGGCCCCCCCUCAAACCACCCACUCUGCCAGUGGAGGGGGUGGGGUCUCUGGGGUGGCGGGGGGUGUGGAGGGCGUGUCCCCGCCCCCCCACUCGGCCUCGGCCGGCUCCUCCCAGGGGGCCGUGCACGACCGCAACGGCAACAGCUACGUGAUGCUGGGUACCUUCAACCUGCCGCUGAACAUCAUGGACCCACAGCAGAUCCAGAUGUCAGUGCAGCAGAUGAUGGCUGGGGUCGGAGAAGCUGGACGGAACACCAGAGUGAGCACCAGCACCGGGAGCAAUGGCUCCGUAGACGUGCACAUCAACGUGGACCAGACGGUGCAGAGCGAGUCGAGACUGCGGCUGCUGCUGGCUGAGAACCUGCUGAGGGACACCGACUCGCUCAUCCACCGGCUCGAGGGUCGACCCGCCGACGCCCAGUCUCAGCAGGACUCUGCCCCCUCAGCAUCAUCCGCGGCCACUUCCUCCUCAGCCCCGACGCAGCCCAUGGACACCUCCUCGCCUCCUGCCCCUGCAGCCCCAGCCUCCUCUUCCUCCUCCUCCUCCUCCUCGACACAGACGGAGGGACCCCCGUACUCCGGGCCCAACCACCCCAGCCCUGCUGAGCUGCUGCGGGUCCUGUCAGAGCUGCGACGUGUGGAAGAGAGGCUGCAGCCCUUCAUGCAGAGGAGUCAGUCCAUCCUGGGCUCCGCCGCUAAUGCCGACUACAACAACAAUACGCAGGACAGGGAGGAGGACCAGCGCACCCUCAACCUGGUGGCCGAGGCUCUCCGUCUCCUCGGCAACGCUCUGGUGGCCCUGAGUGACCUCCGCUGCAACCUCAGCACAGCGCCCCCCCGGCACCUGCAUGUGGUGCGGCCCCUGUCCCACUACAGCUCCCCCAUGCUGCUUCCCGGGGGGGUACCCCACAUUCCCAUCCCGCAGAUAAACCUGGGAACCACGGUGACCAUGACUUCCAGCGGCAGACAGGCAGCUGAGGGCCAAUCGCAGUCUCCUCCUGCCUCCGGGCAAUCGGAGCAGCCGACACAGAGCCAGGCUCCGCCCCAGCAGUCUACUCCAGCCAAUGGCCAGCCAGGACAGGGUCAGAGUGCCCCAAGGGUGAUCAGGAUCACCCACCAGACCAUGGAGCCGGUGGUCAUGAUGCAGAUGAACCUGGAUGCAGAGUCCGGUAGUGGGCCUCAGACCACGGGACAGCCAAACCCUACUGGGGCUGGACACACCGGAACCACGUCCCCCGUCCAUAUCCCUGGGCUACCUCCGGAGUUCAUGCAGGCUAUAGUGCACCAAAUCUCCCAGCAGGCUGUUGCCAUGGCAGCCGCAGCCUCUGCCGGACAGCAGCAGACGAGCUCUGGGUCGGCCGCAGGCACAGACUCCGCUGCUCCUCCUCCGGCUCCUCACCCUCCCCAGGCCAGAGUGGUCAUCACCCGGCCCUCCUUCUCUCCCAGGAUCCCCCAGCCCACGCUGGGAACCAGGGGGACUACUAUCAACCUGAGGGCAACGGUGCCCCCUAGUGGAGGGCAGCAGUCAGGGCAGACCGGCCCUGUGCCUCCCUCCCCGCUCACACAGAUGAUCAGUGGGCUCGUAGGCCAGCUCCUCAUGCCUGUCCAUGCGGGAGAGCAGGCCCCUGCUUCCACGUCCUCAUCGUCCCACUCCUUCACAUUCUCUACCUCCUCCUCCACCCCCACUUCCUCUGCCAACACCUCCACCAGCACCACCAGUACAGCCUCUACUGGCCACACCUCCCAGCCACAAGAGGGCGCCCCUGAGGGCAACCUGGCCCAGCUUCUGGGCUCCCUCCUGGGCGGGGCUGCUGGGGUGGCGGGAGCAGCAGCCGCUGCGGCGGGGGGUCCUGGGGGGGCGCCCUCCAUCACUGUGACUCUGCCUGGGGUUCCUGCUUUUAUCCAGGGAAUGACAGAUUUCAUACAGUCUGGACAGACGGUUUUUUCUCCGGCCAGUCAGCAGCCACCGCCCCCUACUGCUACAGGCCCGGCCGCACCGCCCCCUUCAGCCACGCCCUCUGGCCCUGCCUCCGCCCCCGGCGGUGGGGGGGGCGGCCCCGCCGAGACGCUGAGCCCGGAGCUGUUCACGGGCAUCGUGCAGGGUGUGCUGUCCACUAUGAUGGGCUCUCUGGGGGCCUCACAGAACAGCACGGAGAGUAUCGCCCAGUUCAUCCAGCGUCUCUCCCACACCACCAACCUGUUCACGCCCGGCUCGGGAGACGCUGUAGGCUUCUUCGGGGACCUGCUGUCUCUGGUGUGCCAGAGCUUCUCCAUGGUGGACAUGGUGCUGCUUCUGCACGGCCAGCACCAGCCGCUCAGCCGCAUCCAGCCGCAGCUCACGCAGUUCUUCACGGAGCACUACCUGCACGGCGGGGAGCCCAGCGACGCCAACAUCGCCAGUGCCGCUGAGGACCUCAUAAAUGGACUCGAGCAGUACAUCGCUGAGAGUUUUUCCACUGUGACCGUGCGGGAGGGCGUGGACAUCACGCGUACCAACGUGUCCUUUCUCAGGCAGCAGUUUUCCCGGAUAGCCACGCACAUCCUGCGCUGCACAGACCACACCUUCGGCCCCCGCCUGCUGCUCCUGUGCACUCAGGGCCUGUUUGAGUGCCUGGCCCUCAAUCUGUACUGCCUACGAGGGGAGGAGAGGGCCUUGACGGCCGUCAUCAACCACCGCAUUAGGCGGAUGUCUGCGGAGGUGAACCCCAGCUUGGUGAACUGGCUCACCAGCAUGAUGUCCAUGAGGCUCCACGUCAUACUGGAGCACAACCCCAUCGUGGAGGACCAGAUUCUGCAUUAUGUUGUCCGCACCCAGAGCGAGGCCCCUGUCCAGACAGAGCCGGAGUCAGAGCUGCCUGUAGAGUCUGUGGACCAGAGCAUGGAGGUGGAGGACACCCUGUCCCCGACCCCCGCCACCACGGCCGAAGAGGCCAUGGCAUCGUCCCGGGAGACGGCCGACAAGGCCUCUGCGUCCGGAGAAGCGGGAGGGGCGUCUGCUGGGGCCGCCGCCAUGGCGACCGCUGGGAGGGAGGAGCCUGGGGGAGAGGCGGAGCCUUGGGUGGCCACGGUUCCUCCAGAGUGGAUGCCCAUCAUUCGGCAGGACCUGCUGUCCCAGAGGAAGAUGAAGGCCCAGCCCCCGCUGUCAGACGCCUAUUUGCACGGCAUGCCUGCCAAGCGCCGGAAGACGACGCAGGGUGAGGGCCCCCAUCUCUCCCUGUCGGAGGCCGUGAACAGGGCAGCCAGGUCGGCUGGGGUGAAGCCUGUCACUACCCCAGAGAGCCUGCAGGGGGAGCUGGAUGAACCUGAGCUGCAGGAGGCCUAUGCGGAACAGGUGAAGAGUGACAUCAAGAGGAGGCUGAGAGAGGACCCCGAUUUCAGCUCCCAGCGUUUCCCCAACACACACCGGGCCUUCUCGUCCGAUUCCUAACCCCAUUGGUCCAUAUGCGUGUCAGUCUCCUUUCGUCCAAUCAGUCCUGCCUGCAAAUACUGUCAUCUCAUAUAUGCUCCAAAUUCCAUUCCCAAUGGCAUUCAUCUAGUUGCCCAGUUGUCUUGGCAUUUAAGACCCGCCCCCUGGUCACACUGACUGGUCGAAAACCUGUCAGUCACCGCAGCCCUCUUCUCUCUAUGGCUGGGAAAAAGUCUAAGCAUUGUGAACCGGCUGUGGUUAUGCUAGUUGUUUAAACAUGGAAUGGAUGCCGUUGUUUUGAGCUGUGCCACCUGGGUGUGACCCACCUGUAAUGCCACGUGUUUGUCCUUACCCAGUCCGUCACUGCUUGUUUUGUGGAUUAGUCACCUGGGUUUCCGAAUCAGUUACUGGUGUAAGAUAAAAUGCUACUAGCCAAGUGUGAACCAACGCGGUCCCUUAACUUAAACUAUACACAGCUUGUGACUAUGUUUAUCUCUCUUAAUGGAAAUAUGAACAAAUUACCCCGUACUUCAUAGGAAAGAUUUGUCAUUUUUGAUUAUCGGUGAUAAUCAUGUAGGUUAAAGGUGAUUAUGAGCCAAUAAUUGUCUUUCAUGACAAAUGGAUUUAGGCGUUUACAAUUAAAACCUUUUUUAAAACUAGAUGUAAUUUUUCCUCUCAGUGGCCAUUGCUUUUAUUUACAAUUUUUGAUGUAAAGAGACUCUGCUUGUGAUUUAACUACUGUGAAAAUAAAGGGGCGGCGGAGAGGA